AUGGCUCCUGCUGCUGUAAAAAAGCAGAGGAAAAAAUCUCCGACCGCUGUUGGCCGCCACCGGUCAUGUGUGCGCGUGCACCACGUACCCUCACGGGCAGUUUUGCGUGGCGCGCUCCCGACAGAGCAGAGUUGCUUCACGACACCCGCGCGCCUCCAUGGCUGUUGCAGACGGACAUGGAGUCAGAACGGCUCACAGAAAGCUGCAAAAGUUCAAACGGACAUCAGUGAAGUCCACAGACAGCAUUUAUGGCUCAAGACUCUGAAACAGGGCCACCACCGGGAGGAUGGAGAGGACCAGCCGCAGCAUCAGACCUACCCGGUCUACAGGGAGACUGAUGCGCGCGGGAAGGAGAGGUUCCCCGCGGGGGACCUGCAGUGCCAGACCUGGAUGACCAACGUGAAGCCCGCUCAGGUGCAGAGGAAAACGGCCUGCCUGGGUAAAGACAAGCCGCCCAUUGUUGUCUACCCCUGGAUGAAGAAGGUACACGUCGCGCACGUUAAUCCGAACCACGUGGGCCCGGAGCCGAAGCGGUUGCGGACGGCCUACACGCGCCAGCAGGUUCUGGAGCUGGAGAAGGAGUUCCACUUCAGCCGUUACCUCACGCGCCGCCGCCGGGUGGAGGUGGCUCACGCGCUCUGCCUGUCCGAGCGUCAGGUGAAGGUGUGGUUCCAGAACCGGCGCAUGCGCUGGAAGAAAGACAACAAGCUGCCGAACACCAAAGGAAGAAGCAAAAACAAGAAAACCACAGACAACAACAAUAACAACGACAGCGUGAAGACCGCGAUAAGCGUCUGAAACUCCCCAAAACAGAGCAGAAAAUGGAACUAUCGCCGCAAAAACUCAGGUUGCGGAAUUGAUCCAAGGUGAUUGAAGUCUUGAAGGACAAUUCUAGGUGAAACCUCCCCGGAUUGACCAAAAUCUUUGUGAAUUCUUUAAUCUAUUUCUUCUUUUUCACAUUUUAUUCUGAAGGAUUUCAAACAUUCCUAAUUUACAGGUCAUAGAGGCUGCAAUCUUUUCUAAUGAAUGUAUUUGAGUUGUAAUAAUCUUUUUUUCUAGGGUUGCAGACGAUCUGUCACCUUUAUAGUACAAAAACAACGCAGUUUCACUGAUUUCUAAGGAUAAUGAGAUGUCUUUUUGCCUAAACAGGGUUUCUUUCUACAGGGUAAACUUACAGGGUUUUAUAUUAGCUACCUAAACUAAUUUAUGAAUAUGCACAUUACCAAAAUGUUCCACAAACUGGCGCUUAAAGGCUUAAAAACAAACAGAAACCAGCAGCAGGAAGAUCAAAUCGCUCGCUGGCUGACUUAGUUGGAUAAAUACUGUUCUAGCUUUUUGUAGGAAAGUAGCCAUAUUGUCCUGUCCAUCCCCAAAAAAAGUUUAUUUUUUGUUGUAUUUUUUAAUUUUUUUGCUCUUGUGGGCACAAAUUAGAAGUAGGCCAGCAGAUCAUGCACAACAGUGAUUCAGCUGAUGUUCUCAGGGUGACAGGGUUUUAUAAAAAGAACUUCCUUGACUGUUUGUUUAUUAGCCCCUUAUGUUAAUGUGGCAUACGAAGCAUUGAUUUUAUUCUAUUGAACCUUUACGUCAGUACUUAUUUUGUAUGAUUUUAGAAACGUGUUUUAUUCUUUUACCAAUUGUCUUUGUUCUUUUUGAAUCUGUGUUUAUUUUUUGAAAAGAAAACAUCAUUUGAUAUUUUAUACGUUUAAAUGUUUUGAUAAAGUAGAUAAAAAAGAAAUAAAAAAAACUGAAUCUGUGUGCAGGAGGAUUUUUC